GCCCGGGGAAGCGCUUCCCCCGCUCGCGGCCGGACCCGUCUUGCUGCUGGGAUCUUACGGACUAAAGCCAGGAGAGCCACCCACGCCCGAAGACGCUGCUGAAUCCUUGCCAAGCCCCGAGAGAUGUUGAGGGAAAGAAGGGGUCAAGGAGAAGUGUCAGAUCCAUCUCAUUUCAAGCGUGGACAAAGCGACCAACGCUUCAUCUCAGACUAAAACCUUCACGGAACAAAGAUGUUGAUUCUUCUGGCUUUCAUUAUUGUGUUUCACAUAACCUCAGCAGCGCUACUGUUCAUCUCGACCAUUGAUAAUGCCUGGUGGGUAGGAAAAGACUUUUCUACAGAUGUCUGGCAAAUCUGUACCAACAUUACUAACUGUACAGUUAUUAAUGAAAACAUGGCCGAAUAUCAAUCAAUACAAGCUGUUCAGGCUGCUAUGAUCCUGUCUACCAUUUUCUGUUGUGUUGCAUUUCUGGUUUUCAUUCUUCAACUCUUCCGCCUAAAGCAAGGAGAGAGAUUUGUGUUAACUUCUAUUAUCCAGCUGCUGUCAUGCCUCUGUGUAAUGAUUGCAGCUUCCAUUUAUACAGAUAGGCAUGAAGAACUGCAUGAGGCUGUUGAAUAUCUUCAGUUAAAUGUUGCUAGUGGCCAAUAUGGGUAUUCCUUCAUCUUAGCCUGGAUUGCAUUUGCUUUUACUCUGAUCAGUGGUGUGAUGUACCUAAUAUUAAGAAAACGUAAAUAAAUGUCAGCAGCUAGUUAUUUCUGUCACUGCAGUACAGAACCAAAAAAAUUCCAGUAACCAUUUUGUAUAUAAUCGUUUAUGUGGUUUUGUAGUAAAAGUAUUGUUCCUCUAAAAUUGUACUGUGUUCUUGGUAUGAAAAAGACCAGCAAACAAAAAGUAAACAAACAAAAAGUUUACUGGAAAACUUGACCGUCUAGGAUAAAGGGUCUGGCUUUGGCCAGAUUAGAUUUCUUUGUAUAGUUCACCACUUUAAAUUGCUGUCACUUUAACUAGACAUUAACAAAUGUGUUUGGAUUUGUCCUCGCAUAGAUUGGUUUACAUCAUGCUUAGUGUCAGAGACACAGCACAUGCUAUUAAGUCAUUAGCAAUCUAUCCCUUUAGGAAUAAGUGUGGAGAAAUAUGAGACCCAGUUCACAAAGCCUAAAACCAUUUUGGAAGUUCCAAGAUAGUGGGGGCCUACCAUUUUGGCAGGUGCGCCACAAAUUAGCUUUGCAUCCUUUGAGUGCCACUCUGAUCUCCUUCCUCUGAUCUUCUUCUCUGCUUUCUGCUUCUUACUGUAUGCUCCCUACCCAAAUCUCCUGUUUUCUGCUUCCUGCCCUGGGCUUCCUACCUGAUUUGCUCUAGCUUCUACUUCCUGCCCCACCUGUUGCUAUGCUGCCUGUCCCUUCUCUGAUCUGCCACAUGCCACAUGUACAGGCUACCCAUGCCACAGGUUGACUCCCCCUGUUUAAAACAUGCAGAAUAUUUCAAUUAUAAUAGGACUUUCAUACCAUUUCAAAUGAAUAAUAAAAAGGCAAAUGUAAAACUUUUCAAAAAUUAAUUUUAAAAAAAUGACAUUUACUUUUUGUACUCUAAAACUUGGAUUGUCCUUCUUACAUUCAAGCAUUCAGAGUAUUAAGUAGUGCAAGUUACCAGUAAAUUUUACUGCACAGUUUGGGUCUGGGAUCUCAAACUAGUAGAAAUAUAGACAAAUUUUGCAAAUGCAAAAAACCUGCUUUUAAAUCUCAUUCGUGUCUAGUUUUAUCUAACAAGUAACUCUUGCCUUACCUUAACAUUUACUUCUCAAUAUUUAAGGACUUACCAUUUUUUAAAAAUGAAUUUGUGGCUAACCAAUAGCAAAUUUAGAUUUUGUUGGACAAAUCUGCUUGAAGUAUUCUCCACCCUUAAAAUCUGAUAUAAAAUGAAAAAGUCAUUUGCCUUCAAGAACUAGUUUUUUGCUAUUACUCUUUGCAAAUGAUUUAUAUUUGGUAUUUUACAGUCCUUUGUGAGUGUUUACAUGAACUUAAAAACUCCUACUCAACAAAUGAGGGUAGCAUUUGCCUAAGCCAUUUAGUUCUGUUUAGCUACUGACUUUGUUGACAGAAUUCCUCAAAUAAUUACUUAGGGAUUUUCUGAUAUUUAAAUAAUUUGUGGUAUCAAAUUUUAUACUAUGAUAAUAGGCUUAAAUGCUAAAAAUGGAUUUGGCUAAGAGUGAUUUAGAGGAUGAUAGAUCAGUUUGUAUAGAGUGUUGUGGCUUUUAGAGGUCUGUCCUGGCUUCCAUGUUUAAAUGUAGUGCUUUUAUGGCUUAACAAAUGUAACCUUUUGUUUAAGUCCACUACAUUCAUUACUACUGAACUGGUAUUAGAGACAGUAGAAAAGGAAGUCAAGAAGGUUUUCAGUAGCCUUGUAACUUGUGGUGCUUAGGCAAGCCAGAUCAGCUAAUGCAAAGUUGCGAAGUUCUACAAAAGUCAGUGCAGCUAUAUCAGUAUAAAUCUGCUGAGAAUCUGGCUCAGUCAUCUUCAGUAAGUAAAAUCUUCAUUAUUUACAAGGUGGAGAUGUGCAUGUAUCAGUAAAGGAACCACCAAAAACAUGGGACUGCUGUAGUAUUGUUAUAGUAUUUACUUUUGGGGGCCAGGAAAAAAACCUACUUGCUUGGUAGAUAGGAAGUAUUUAGAUGGAAAAAGCAGUCAACUUGGAAUGCAUCCCUGCCAUUGUAACAUGACUUUACUGGUUGUUUUAUCAAAAUUUUUCCCCUUGGAAAUAUGUUCUAAAUUUCUGAAGUUACCACUUUUGGUUUUAUAAUGUAACAUUUUUUAAAUUUCAAAGACAUAUAUUUCAGUUCCAAAAUCUUAAUUUUAACAAUGGAAUAAUAGAGUACAAAAGAACAGAUUUUGUUUUGAAAGAGUGACAUGCUAUAAGGCAAGGUUUAAAGUAGAUUUUAUACCAGUCAUUUGCUAUUCUGGCUUGCAUAUUACAUGAAGCACAAUGAAAUGAGCUAACAGAAUGAUAAACCAAAUCAUCGGUCAAAAGUAUUUAAGCAUUUUUAGAUAAAAGUCCAAUAUUUUUCUAAAGUUUUCAAGACAAAAAAAUUGCCAUUGACUGACUAUUUGCAGGACAGACAUACUACUAGACUUAACGAUCAUAAAGUACUUCACCUGGGUCAUUUUAUAGCUUGAAUAUUUAAUAUACAUUAUGCAUAUGUGUCCUCACACAUGUAUACACAACCCUAUGUCCAGAAGGAAAUCCUUUCCCUCUUAAUUAAAGCAGUAGAGUAUAUUAUACAUAUAUAUAUAUGCAUAUGCAGACACACACAAACAUCUUACAUGUGUCAUUCUAAAUACAAA